GACGCGAAGAAGGUCCUCAUUGUCCCCGGGUACGGCCUCGCGGUGAGCAAGGCGCAGUACGCGAUGGCGGACCUCAUCGAGUUGUUGCGCGAGAGCGGCAAAGACGUCGUCGUCGCCGUGCACCCGGUCGCCGGGAGGAUGCCCGGGCAGCUCAACGUCUUGCUCGCGGAAGCUGGCGUGCCGUACGACGUCGUGAAGGAGAUGGAAGAGGUCGAGAACGACGUGGACAAGUACGACGUCUCGUUAGUCGUCGGCGCGAACGACACGGUGAACCCGAGCGCGGUGGAGGACCCGAACAGCGAGCUCGCGGGGAUGCCCGUGAUUCAGGUGUGGCGGGGAUCCACUCCCUUCCCCAAGGUGCUCGUGCUGAAGCGGUCGCUCGCGGGCGGGUACGCGGACGUGGAGAACCCGCUGUUCUUUAACUCGAACACGAACAUGACCGAUGGC